GCGAUUAAUCGCUUGACAGCACUAGAAUCUACAUAAAGUUUUCAGUUGAGUUCUCAACGGUUCACAGCCCUAAUUAACCUGCUUCCUACUUCUGUUCUAGUGUUCUAGUCCUGGUAUACAAGACAAAUUUUCAGCACUCGUCAUCUACCACAGCCUCACUGCAGUCUCAGCACAUUUGUCUUCAGCACUCCCCUAAAGUUCAGGCACACACACGUUUCACAGCCGGCCAGGUUCCUCGCGGGAGCCGCGUUUCACAAGUCUCUCUAAGGUCAGGCGUUCUGCGUCUGGGAUCCGUGCAACACUGCGGCGUCUCUCUCACUCGGGGAUAUGGCAGCAAAUGCUAAAUUAGGACACAGAAAGCCUUCAUUCCAAUAAAGCCUCGGUCUCCUGAGUCAACGGACAAAAAGAUCAGGGUUUGCUGGAGGAGGUGGUAAAUUAUUCAUGGCUUUAUACGAUUUGCUGGGAGCAAUUCUCUCCCUCUCUCUGUUGCACUCCUCUAGUCGUUCUCUCCCUCUUGCUUCUCUAGAAACUUUCCCUCCACCUGCCAGUCAAGACCUCCAGUUUCCCGUCAUAUGUUUGACAGGAUCUGAAUAUUGUAUCUGAAUGUUUGGACCAAUCAGAAGACCAGAUACGAAGACAUUCGUCCAGUUUCAUCUGUUCUGGGAUUUUCCACUGAGGAGACAUUAAGACAGGGGAAUGUGGAUGUGGGAGAGAACGUGUCUCUGUCUCCUGCACGAUUCACUGUGAACCAGCAGCCUCCAUCCUAAAGAGCAGAGAAGUAUUUACUGCCCGUAACCGGUAGGAUGGUAGCAGGGGAAGUGAGUGGGCACAGCUUCCUGGUGGCAUGCUGGCAGCCCAUUCUAAUCUUAAUGCUGGGCACAGUGCUGUCUGGCUCUGCCACGGGCUGCCCAUCACGCUGCGAGUGCAAUGCUCAGGAGCGUUCUGUCUUGUGCCACCGCAAGAAGCUGAUGUCCGUUCCAGAGGGAAUCCCAUCUGAAACACGACUCCUGGACCUCAGCAAGAAUCGAAUCAAAACCAUCAACCCAGAUGAGUUCUCCGCCUUCCCGCAGCUGGAAGAGCUGGAGCUCAGUGAAAACACCAUCUCGACCAUUGAGCCAGGGGCCUUUAACAACCUCUUUGGCCUGCAGACUCUGGGACUGCGCAGCAACAAGCUGAAGCUCAUCCAGCUGGGAGUGUUCACGGGCCUUAGUAACCUAACAAAGCUGGACAUCAGUGAAAAUAAAAUCGUAAUUCUGCUGGACUACAUGUUCCAGGACCUCUACAACUUGCACUCUCUGGAGGUUGGGGAUAAUGACCUUGUCUUCAUAUCCCACAGGGCGUUUCACGGCCUCAGCAGCCUGGAGCAGCUCACGCUCGAAAAGUGCAACCUGACCUCUGUCCCGACAGAGGCCUUCACGCACCUGCACAGCUUGGUCACGCUGCGUUUGCGAAACCUCAACAUCAACAGCAUCAGAGACUACAGCUUCAAGCGGCUCUACCGUCUCAAAGUGCUGGAGAUUGCCAACUGGCCCUACCUGGAUACCAUGACCACCAACUGCUUGUACGGAUUGAAUCUUACCUCCCUAACGAUCACUAACGUAAACCUGACAUCAAUUCCGUAUUUGGCCUUGCGGCACCUGGUUUAUCUUCGUUUCCUUAACAUGUCCUACAAUCCCAUCCAGAUGAUCGAAGGCAACCGGCUCCAUGACCUGCUCAGACUGCAAGAGUUCCACCUGGUGGGCGGUCGACUGACAAUGAUUGAACCCUAUUCCUUUAGAGGACUGAACUACCUGAAAGUCCUCAAUGUGUCCAGCAACUCCCUUAGCACCCUAGAGGAGUCAGUGUUCCAUUCGGUGGGGAACCUGGAGACCCUCGCAUUGUACGACAACCUGCUGGCUUGUGAUUGCCGUCUGCUUUGGGUUUUCCGACGCCGCUGGAGGCUCAACUUCAACCGCCAGCAGCCAACUUGCUCCUCACCCGAGUUCGUUCAGGGAAAAGAGUUCAAGGACUUCCCUGACGUGCUGCAACCCAAUUACUUCACGUGUCGCAAGUCUAGGAUUCGAGACCGGAAACCCCAGCAGAAGUUCGUUGAUGAAGGCACCACCGUCCACUUUGUCUGCCAAGCAGAUGGAGACCCGACACCCGUCAUCAUGUGGCUUUCCCCACAAAAACAGUUCAUCACCACGAAAACGAUAGGACGGCUCACUGUUUUCCCAGAUGGCACCUUGGAGGUGCGCUACGCUCAGAUUCAGGACAAUGGGACAUAUGUGUGCAUUGCUAGCAACGCCGGUGGAAAUGACACCACUUUGGCCCACCUACACAUCCACAGUUACUCGCCAGACUGGCCUAACCAACCCAACAAAACCUUGGCGUUUAUCUCCAACCAACCCAACGACAACGGAGCCAAUGGAACAAGAGCAACAGUCCCGUUCCCAUUUGAUAUAAAGACGCUAAUCAUCGCCACCACCAUGGGCUUCAUCUCCUUUUUGGGUGUGGUUCUGUUCUGCCUUGUUCUGCUCUUUCUUUGGAGCAGAGGCAAAGGCAACAGCAAACACAACAUUGAGAUAGAGUACGUCCCGCGCAAAUCGGACGCUGGGAUGAGCAGCAGCGGCGCUGAUGCCCCUCGGAAAUUUAACAUGAAAAUGAUAUAAUCCAGCCAAGGAGCUCAAAAGACCCUUUCAAAAACAGACUCGUAAAGACAAAAACAAGAGAUUCCCUGCCUGAACAACCUCUGGCUCUGACGAGCUCCCCAUAGAGGAGGGGUGUUUUUCCCCCUUUCUAAAGAUGGAUGUGCGGCACAGGUGUCGGUGCUUUUGUUCAAUAUUGAACAUGGGAGGGGGAAAAUGUCCUCAUGCGCACUCCUCUGUGAUGGCCGCUUAAACUCAGCCUACGGGGACCAAUAUCUUUGAGAGAGGAUUUUGUUUUAAAACACUUCAGUUCCUGUGGAUUUUUAUGGGCAAAAAAACAUAGAAAAAAAAGGAAAAACCGAACCUCCAAAAUGUUUUGUUUCGACCUCCAGAAGGCAAAGGCAGAGCAUCCUUCUCCCUGCUGUCCUGCUGCCCGCAUCCUUUUUGUUUGUUUGUUUGUUUAACCCAUUCUUUUCUUGUUUUCUACUUACAUGAAUAGUUUUAUGACAGAAUAACAGUAGAUAAAUCAGAGGUGAAAAGCACAUUUAACAAACCAAACA